GCGGCCCAGGCCCGGUCUCCGUUACCUCGUUCGGCCUCCCGGUCAGCAGCCGCAGGUCCCGCCGCCGUGAGCCAAGCCCCAAGGAGCCGAGGAGCUGCCGGGCCCACUCCUCCACCAUGAAAGGCUCCCAGGCCAUCAGGGGGCCCCCGGGCCUCCCUGAGGGCAGCCUGGAAGGCUUGGAUCUAAGUCUGACGGGGCUCCCUCCACCUGUGUCCCGACGCCCCAGCAGUGCCUCUGCCGCCAAGUCUGUCCUUCGCUCCGUCUCUGUGGUGACAGGCAGUGAGCCGAAGAGGAAGGCACCGGUGAGCGCUACAGCUGGGGCGCCGGUCUCCGGGGAGGCCACAGGGCCCGGGGCCUCCAGGGCCACCAACAACCUUCGCAGAUCUAACAGCACCACGCAGGUUCACCAGCCGCAAGCCCAGCAGGCGUGGACUGACCCCCUCAGGCCGCUGGAGCGCCCUGACUUCUUGACACUCUGCGAGGGCAGCCCCGGUGGGAAAAAGAAGCCAGCCAGUCUGAGCACAGCUUCCCGCGAGAAGGGGGCCACGUGGAACGUCCUGCAGGGUGACCAGCCCAGGGCCCUCGACUUGCCGCCCACCACCCAGAGCCCCGGCACCUGGGACGCGCCUGUGGGCUCACGGAGGAGAGAGUGCAGUGUCCCCCUGGCGCCCAGCUUCACUGCCAACAACAGGAGCAGCAAGGCGGCCGUAGGCAACUGCGUCACCACCAUGGUGCACAACCACUACGCCCCCGUGGACAUGGCGCCCCCCAAGAGCUCUAACCACUCAGCGCCCUCCCUCAACAACCUCGUGAAGGCGGCCACCCGCGAGGGCGAGGGCGAGGGCCGCAGCCUCGCGAAGCCCCAGAACUCCGCCCGCAGCAGCCACGAGGCCCGGAGCUCCCAGGGCGCCGCCCAGCGCCUGCUCAGACAGAGGGAGGUGACGGAGGAGGAGGCCGAGAGGUUCAUCCACCAGGUACACCAGGCCGCCGUCACCAUCCAACGCUGGUACCGGCACCAGGCUCGGCGGCGCAGAGCCCAGGCCGCCCGCCCGGAGCACCUGCUGGCGGCCAAGCGAGAGGGGCAGCGGCAGUGGCCGGGAGAGGGGAACCUGCUGGACCUGCACCAGCAGAGGGAGGCGGCCAGGAGGAAGGCCCGGGAGGAGAAGGCCCGUCGGGCCAGACAGGCAGCCAUUCAGGAGCUGCAGCAGAAGCGAGCCCAGAAGGGGGGCGAUGCCAAGCUUGGGCUGCUGAAAGGGACCCAGGAAAGAGGGCAGCCCUGGCCGGCCCAGGAGCCGUCCCCGCGGCCAGGAGAUAGUGCUCGGCAGACCCCCAAGGCCAAUAACACCGGGGCCAGCUGCCCUGCUGCGUGCCCGGAGGACCCCUGCCCGCCCGCCCCCGACUGCUCCCCAGAGCACCAGCAGCUCCCAGAGGACAAGCCGCAGGCUGCGGCUGGCGAGGCCACGGAGACGAGCUCCGCUUGCAGGGCGACUCUGGACGAGCUGCUGGACACGCUGAGGCUGCUGGAGGAGGAGCCGGAGCCGCUGCCCCGCCCCAGGGCCUACCACAAGGACAACUACGCCUGGACCGACGAGGAGGACGACGCCAGCUCCCUGACAGCAGACAACCUGGAGAAAUUUGGGAAGCUCAGUGCACCUGCGGGUCCCCCCGAGUUUGGGACGCUGCUGUCAGAGGCCAAACUGCAGAGUGUCAUGAGCUUUCUGCGCGAGAUGGAGAAGUCCGGGCAGGACCCGCCGGCCUCGGCCCCCCAGGGGCCCGUGCUGGAGGAGGGGCUGGGGCACCUGGAGUCCGUGUCCCAGGCGAGCGCGUCCCUGAUGCGGCUGAAGCUGGAGGUGGAGGAGAAGAAGCAGGCCGUGGCGCUGCUGCACAGGGCGCUGGCGCAGCAGCGGGACCUCACCGUCCGGCGGGUCAAGGAGACAGAGAAGGAGCUGGGCCGGCAGCUGCGGCAGCAGAGGGAGUACUACGAGGCCGCCAUCCAGCGGCAGCUGUCCUUCAUUGACCAGCUGAUUAAGGAAAAGACGACGCUGGGGGAGAAGUGCCAGGCCGCGGUGGCCGAGUUGCUGCAGGGGGACCAGAGGCACAAGGAGAGGGAGGCCCAGCUGCAGGAGCAGCAGGAGCUGGAGAUUAAGAAACUCAAGGAGCUCAUGAGCGCCACGGAGAAAGUCCGCAGGGAGAAGUGGAUGAACGAGAAGACCCGGAAGAUCAAGGAGAUCACCGUCCGAGGCCUGGAGCCCGAGAUCCAGAAGCUGAUCGCCAAGCACAAGCAGGAGCUGAGGAAGCUGCGGACCCUGCACGCGGCCGAGCUGCUGCAGGCGGAGGAGCGGGCAGCCCAGCGCCACGGGCGCCAGGUGGAGGUGCUGCGGGAGCAGCUGGAGCGGGAGAAAGAGGCGCUGGCCCAGCAGGAGCGCGAGCGCACCCAGCAGCGCUUUGAGCAGCAGCUGGAGCAGGAGCAGCAGGACCUGCAGCAGCUGCGGCGGCGGCUCUACAGAGAGGUGGCCGAGGAGAAGGAGCGGCUGGGCCAGCAGGCCGCCAGGCAGCGGGCCGAGCUGGAGGAGCUGAGGCAGCAGCUGGAGGAGAGCAGUUCAGCCCGAGGCCGGGCCCUGAGGGCCGAGUUUGAGAAGGGGAGAGAGGCGUUGGAGCACAGGCACCAGAUGGAGCUGCAGUCGCUGAAGGACCAGCUGGAGGUGGAGAGGCAGAUGUGGGAGGCCAACUGCGCAAAGAAGGAGGAAGCCUGGCUGCUGAACCGGGAGCGGGAGCUGAAGGAGGAGAUCCGGAGAGGCCGAGACCAGGACAUCGAGCUGGUCAUCCGCCGGCUGGAGGCCGACAUGACCCUGGCCAGGGAGGAGAGCGAGAGGACUGCCGAGGGCCGCGUCCAGCGCCUCCGAGACAAGUACGAGGCGGAGCUGUCGGAGCGGGAGCGGUGUGAGCGGAAGCUGCAGGACCAGUGCGCGGAGCUGAAGGGGCGGCUGGCGGAGGCCGAGGCGGAGUGCGCCCGUCUGCAGGGCCUGGUGCGGCAGAAGGACAAGGCCCUGGCCGACGUGAAGGCGGUGAACGAGCAGCUGGUGGGCGAGAGGAGCGGCCUGGCCCAGGUGCUCCGCCAGGAGUUUGCUGACCAGCUGGUGGCCUCCGCGGAGGAGAACCGGCAGGCCAGGGCCGAGCUGGCCGAGCUGCGGGCCUGCCGGAGGCUGGAGCUGGAGCAGCUCAGGCGGGAGAAGCAGGCGGAGCUAGAGGACGUGCAUGCGAGGGUGAAGAUGGCCCUCGCGAAGAAGGAGGAGGCCGUGAGCAGCCUCCGGAAACAGCAUGAGGCCGCGGUGAAGCGCGCUGACCACCUGGAGGAGCUGCUGGAGCAGCGCAGGCAGCCACUCCCGAGUGCCAAGUGACACCGGCACAGGAAACAUGGAGACACAGGUGGAGGACAGCAUCAGGCGGUCCGGUGGGAGGUGGACCCCGCCCUCCUCCUCUGCGAGCUCUCAUCUGCGGGCGGAGCA